GGGACAAACAACCAAGAAAAAAAAAAAAGAAGUAAAUGAUGACGGAGUCAGUAUAAAUUUACUUUCAAACAAAAAAUUGAACUGAAAUUGUUUAAUAAUGUGCAAGUUCAUUAACAUGAAACCUUACGCAGUGAAGAAAUGCAUUGGCCUUUUGGUUUCAUGUGCUUCGUCAACUUACAAAUUGAAGCAAGUACAUGCAUUUUCCAUCAGGCGAGACAUCCCUUUAUCAAGCCCAGAGAUGGGCAAGCACUUGAUUUUAACUCUAGUUUCCCUUUCAGGUCCAAUGUGUUAUGCCCAAAAAAUCUUUAGUCAAAUUCAGUUUCCAAAUAUCUUCACUUGGAAUACCAUGAUUAGAGGUUAUGCCGAGAGCGAAAACCCAUAUCCAGCAAUUGAGAUACACAGUAAAAUGUGUGUUAAUUCUGUUGCACCCGAUACACACACAUACCCUUUUGUUCUAAAAGCUAUUGCGAAGGUGAUUGAUGUUAGGGAAGGAGAAAAGGUUCAUUGCGUUGCAAUGAGAAAUGGGUUUGAAUCGCUGUUGUUUGUUCAGAAUUCUUUGGUUCAUUUCUACGGAGCAAUUGGUCAAGCAGAAAACGCACAUAAGAUGUUUGAGGAAAUGUCUGACAAGAAUCUCGUGGCGUGGAAUUCAGUGAUUAAUGGGUAUGCUUUGAAUAGUCGACCUAAUGAGACGUUGGCCCUUUUCAGGAGAAUGGUUUUGGAAGGUGUUAGGCCUGAUGGGUUUACUUUGGUCAGUUUGUUGACUGCUUCGGCUGAGCUUGGUGCGUUAGCUUUGGGUAGAAGGGCGCACUUGUAUAUGUUGAAAGUUGGAUUAGAUAAAAAUUUACACGCUGCAAAUGCCCUUUUGGAUCUUUAUGCUAAAUGCGGGAAUGUGAUAGAGGCAGAGCAAGUUUUCGAUGAGUUGGAUGAUGACAGUGUAGUGUCUUGGACAUCUUUAAUCGUAGGUUUGGCUGUCAAUGGUUUUGGUGAGAAAGCACUUGAGAUUUUCAAGGAAAUGGAAAGAAAAGGAUUUGUGCCUACCGAGAUAACUUUCGUCGGGGUCUUAUAUGCCUGUAGCCAUUGUGGUUUGGUGGACAAAGGGUUUGCGUACUUCGAAAGGAUGCAAAAUUUAUUUGGAAUUAGGCCGAAAAUUGAGCAUUAUGGCUGCAUGGUUGAUUUGUUAGGAAGGGCUGGUUUAGUGGAGAAAGCAUACGAGUAUAUUAAAGAUAUGCCAUUGCAACCCAAUGCUGUUAUAUGGCGAACGCUACUUGGUGCCUGCUCAAUACAUGGUCAUUUAGCUCUAGCAGAGAUGACUAGGAAUCACCUUAAGCUGUUAGAACCAAAGCAUUCUGGGGAUUAUGUGCUCCUUUCAAACCUAUAUGCAGCCGAGAGGCGUUGGUCAGAUGUGCAUCAACUAAGGACCAGUAUGCUUAGAGAAGGGGUGAAAAAAGUCCCAGGGCAUAGCCUCGUUGAGUUAGGUAACCGUGUGCAUGAAUUUGUUAUGGGAGAUAGAUCCCAUCCUAAAAAUGAGGCUAUAUAUGCUAUGCUUGCAGAUAUGACUAGAUUGUUGAGAUUGGAAGGUUAUGUCCCUCAUACAUCAAAUGUGCUUGCUGAUAUAGAGGAAGAGGAGAAGGAGACUGCUUUGGCUUACCAUAGUGAAAAAAUUGCAAUUGCAUUCAUGUUGAUUAGUACACCGCCUGGGUCCCCUAUUAGAAUUGUGAAGAACUUAAGGGUCUGUGCUGAUUGCCACCUAGCCAUUAAACUAAUAUCGAAGGUCUUUGAUCGCGAGAUAGUUGUUAGAGAUCGUAGCCGGUUUCACCAUUUUACCAAUGGAUCUUGCUCUUGUAAAGAUUAUUGGUAGAUCAUAAUUGUAGAAUAUGAACCGGAUUUUGCAUAAGUUGCUUUAAUUAAAGCAGAGCCUUUUGAAAAAAAAAAUAAGAUGGCGGAGAACAAGAUCUGACAACAACUGCAUUUUGUUCAAGGAGAAGUUACCGAGUGCAAGAUAUGAAUUUCUAGGUCAUUGCUUGGUGGGCAGAUUUGUAAACAAUUAGUGCAACUCUUUACGUUCUGAAGAAAAAAUCCUCAACUCCCUUGUACAGAGUUUUAUGUAUUAUAACGGCAGACCAUCCUGCGCGGUGGGUUCUUUGUAAGUCUUGAGAGGAUUAGCUAUUUUUGUGAAACAAAAAUGGAAAGGCGUUAUGUGAUCCUAAGCAAAUGGGAUUCGUUCACUUUUCACCAAGUCUUCAAUAACAUCAGGUGUCUUUUAGAUCCAACAUGAUCCCACAACAAGAAGAUGCAUGGUUGGGAAGCUGAAAUAUCCAGGUCAUUUGAGGUUAGUGGAAGCAACUGUUGCCCAGUGUACAUGAGGAUUGUGAUUUUUGGAAGAAACUGCUUUGAUUGGGAAGUAAGCAUAGUCAUGGAACAUGAUCUGCAAAACUAUGGUUCAUACAGAAUGGGUUGCUUCAGUUGGUUGUUGGAGCAUGAUUCAUAUUUGACUAAUGUUGGCAUUGCUCCAGAAACCAGACGAAGAUCAAUCAUCGGGGUGGACUUAAUUUCUUGGUUUCUGCUUGCUCCUUGCUCUUCUGUGUUGCAUAGAGAACCACUUACACUGUCUACUAGGAGAAGUCCUCCCUGCCUGAAGUGUUUGUUAGCCACCGUCAAUGGCAUUCUUCCAUCAUUGAUUCGAUAAAGAUUGCCAAUGCUCUUUCUAAAUUGAGGCCACAUCGAUGCCAAGCGAACAGAUAGUGCCAAAGGCUUCUAAUUUAUUUUUAAUACACCUUAAACACAAUUUCAAAUGAUUUAAGGAGAGAGUGAGGGAUGGAAGACUCAACGAGAUUUUCCUUUUUUUCUUUUGGUAAUAAUUUUAGUUUUGUGAUGCUUUCACAUACUUUUAUAUAGUAGCAGCUAAUUUUCUAUCUAGGAUUUUGAUGAGGACGAAUUCUUCUCUCGUUUUUAUAUUAUUGAGUAGUUGGAUUUUUCUA